AUGUUGAGGUCUAACAGGAAGGGCAAAGGCGGCACUCCACCUCACAAGUAUCAAGCACACAGCGAACAUGGAAGCAGCGAGAGCAAGAAGAAGGGCCUUUUUGGGUUGGUCAAGUCCAUUUCCAGAAGAGCGACGGGAAGAUCUCCCGGUGGAAGUAGCGUCAGCAGUAGUAAAUACAGCAACAACAAUUCUCCUCGCAGUACUAGCAGCGUCAAGGUAGUGUCGUCUACAGCAGAGGCUGUUGCCUUGAUGAGCUCGCAGCUGUCCACUCCAUCCACGUAUUCAUCGCCAGAAGCACGAAACUCUUCGCCUGCCAAGGUUUCCGUGGCCAUUCUUCACGACAACGACAACCAUUAUUAUGAUCCAACGGCUAGAAGACCAUGGCCUACUAGGAGUAGUAGUAGAAGUGGAAACAGCAGCAGAAGCAGAAACAAUGACAAUAGAACUCUUCUUAAAGUCCACUCCAACAUUGACGAUGGCGAUCAUUGUGACAUGGACGAUGACAACAGCAGUAAGGAUGGUGGACGGACAAUCCCUGCAUCCAACUACAGCCACAAACAACAUCAUCAUCAUCAUGAUUGUUUCCACAGGAGUGCCAGCAUGCCUACUCCAGUCAAGCUGUACUCCAAAAAUCAACAUUCCUUUGGACCAGUGGAUCUGGAUGAUUCUUUGGUCUCUUUGGAACAACCCAGCUUUAGCCGGGAUGGUGGACCGGUCGAUCUGGAUGUCACUAUCAGUCCUGAUGGAUCCUUUGAUGGGGCUUCCAACGAUACCAGCAACAACAACGCCAAUGUUAUGCCCACCAUGACAGUCACGGAUAUUGAUGAUCCCCUCCUUCCUAUGGAUACUUUGCUGGUGGAACAACAUCCCGAGCCAAGAGCGAACGAUGUGAGCCUAUUGCACGACACGAGUGGAGAUGCUUUCUCACCUGCCGCCAACAACACGAUAAACCCCUCUGUAAAGAGUUCCCCUUGGACCUGCAAUCAUCAUGGCAAUGCCUUUACCUCACCGGCACCAUUGGGAGCAGCGGUUGCAGCUACAGUGACAACGUGGGCAAGCCCGGAUGAUGUGACCAAUAGAAGUGGAGAUGCCUUUCUUCCGUUUGCCACGCAUCAUCCCAGUCCUGUAGCACAUGUAGAAGCCACGGCGACAAAUCAUCAUUCCACCUCCUGGAACCAAGACGCAACCAUAACUCCAUCUCCAGCUACUACCAACAACCAAAAAGCGCUUGACUUUGAUGAUGCCACGGCAACGAAUCAUCAAACCACCUCCUGGAACCAAGACGCAAUCAUAACUCCAUCACAAGCUACUACCAACAGCCAAAAAGCGCUUGACUUUGAUGAUGCCACGGCAACAAAUCAUCAUACCACCUCCUGGAACCAAGGCGCAACCGUAACUCCAUCCCCAGCCUCCAACAACCAAGAAGCGCUCGACUUUGAUGAUGAUACCGAUUCCAUGGUGUCUCCUUCCAUGGUGUCUCCCAUGACGUUGUUGCCUGGACUCCUCACAGGGGAUUACGAUGGCACCUCCAGUUCCACACAAGACUCAUCCACCGACUCGUCCACCGCCCUUUUACCACGCAUUCCAUCCUCCACUUCCUCCUCCGGCGUAAGGGUGACCUCCUUGACUUCCUCCUCCUCUUCCAAGUCCAAUCCACCCUUAUUGUCGGCCAUUCCCUCCUCCACCCAUACUACUAGCAGUGGUGUGCCGCUUCUCGCAAGUCCUGACACCACCACCACAUCCUUGGCGUCCGUCUCACCCUUUGCUGCUGAUGAUGGUGAGAAGGACCAUGCGGUUGAUGAUGGUGAACUAAAGCGUCUCUUGGUGAAGCAUCUGUCAGAAGGAGAUGUCCUGAGUCCAACCAAGAAGUUUGAUUGGAACUCGACACCACUCCAACGAAAAAGAGUCAUGGAGAAACACCUGGCCGAAACACCGGAUUCUGACAAUGGCUCGGAGCUCUUGUUGAACAUGCUCUUGACCGAUGGCGAUAAUAGCAGCAGUUCUAGUGGUGAAGACGAUGAGCUCGUGACGUCGCAACGAAAGCUCAUCAGCGUGGACAAGCAGUUGUCGGAUGACGUUGCCCCAGCAGAGGAAACACCAAAGACGGAUUUCAAUGAUUCCAACCUGGUGACACCCACUCCCUUGCAAGAGCGAUUGACGGAGAAGCAAUGGUCUUCCUUUUCGGAUGGCCAAGACCUGCUUGCAAAGACACCCCCGCCAAAGGUCACAUUUCUAGAUGAAUCCUUGCGCCAAGUCCUCACAGAAAAGCAUCGUGUGUCCUUCUUGGAGGACAAUCCUGCUUUUAUUGAAGAGCAGAACAAGGAAAACACCGCUCCGGUCGAAACCGCCUUGGGCGAAUCCCUACGGAAUCAAUUGAUGGAGAAGCACCGCUCGUCCGUGUCUGCCGCCUGCCGCGGUGAAGACAAGACCAAAGAAACUAGUCCGAUCAGAACGCCCUUGGGUGGGUCUCUACAGAGCCAGUUGAUGGAGAAACACAGCUCGUCCGUAUCCACUGCCACCAGCUUUGGCGACACGGCGCUGAUUCGGGCGACCGUGUCACUCAGGGAUCGUCUACUAGCAAGGCAUGCGGCAUCGUUUUCUGGAAAAAAGACUCCUGAUGUUUCUCCAAAGCCGGUCUGGACUCCUGACGUUUCUCCAAAGAAGCCUGCAUGCAAGUCCAGUGUUGAUGAAAGGUGCGAAUCCAAUGGGAAUCAGACGGCGAAAAGCACCGCUGACGACAACUCAACAAGUGAUGAUUCCUUUUCUGCCCUGGUAAAAACAGCAGCUAUUAGGGCAGCGACAGCAGAGCGAUUCACAGGAAGUCCGAGUAAAAUACGACAACGUCUGGUCCAGAAGUAUCUUGAGCAAGGCCAACAAGGGACACCUCCGAGUAGCAGCAGCAGCAACGGAAGUGGAAGCGAGCACAGUACGCCCGUCAAGAAGCCAAACUCGUGCGCUGUCGCCCAGAGUCCAACAUUGAGGGAGAAACGCCAACUAGUGCGGGAGCAGCAAGACUAUCUUCAAUAUAUGCUCACACGCGCAAGAUCCAAAAGCAACAGCAACAGUAACAGUAACAGCGACAGCUGGACUAGUUCGUCUCCAGAGAGCAGCAAAUCGGCCGGAUCUCCUUACAGUGCCUCUGUGAGAUCCAUGUCCACCGUUCAUGAGAGUCCGUUCGAAGACGAACCGAGUAGUCAGUGGGUCGAUUUUGAAAGAACCUCUAAGCCAAGUCCAGAAGGGAGUGAAAACAUCUACCAUACUUCGUUUUCUCGCUGCGAAGAGAGCACAGAUAUCGAGACACCCAUUGAAUAUGAGAACAUCGUCACGCCCGUCAAGGCUAUGCCAGAACCUCGAGCACUGGACUACUCUAUUCAGAAUCCACCAGCUGAGACUCCGCCAGCUGAGUGUGCCCGGAAUCUUCCGUCAGAAGAGGUGGACCCACCCGGUGACAGCUGCUGCAAAGAUCCAAACUUCAAGCCGGAUGCGAGCGGUUACUAUGAAGCCCCCAGUGCCGAGAGUGACUCCUCGAGUGAAGGCGAAAUUGUGGAUGCAACUCAAGGAGCCUUUGUCACACUAGCUUCUCCUCGUUACGGGCCUGAAGGUCGCUUCUCUUCUUCCAGCGAGGAGGACAGCGACUCUGAGGCUUCUUCUCCCAUUGCCGUGUCACCCAUGUUAGGUGGUGACAACGUCAAGUCUACUACAGGUGUCCUCCUGACAGACGCCUUCUCCACAUUUGAGGCUCGAAGGAGUGCCACCAGCAGGAUUGAGGGAAGCCCAGAUGAAGGAAUCGACCAAUUGGAAAGUGCAAGUGACUCAUCUGACAACAUUGAACCACAGGAUCUUUUCCCCGAAACCACUGGUUCCACUACAGGUGUUCUCCUGACAGACGCAUUCUCCACCUUUGAGGCUCGGAGGAGUGCCACCAGUGGCAAGAUUGAGGGAAGCCCAGAUGAAGGAAUUGACCGAUUGGAAAGUACAAGUGACUCAUCUGCCAACAUUGAACCACAGGAUCUUUUCCCCGAAACCACUGGUUCCACAACUGAUGGGGAUUCUUUUUAUGGUUCGCGUAGUUCACUGGCGACUGACUCGAGGGAAGGCGAGACCAAAUUUGAGAGCUUUUACACACUGGCAGAACCGAGCGCUGAAGAUAGACGGGAAGAACUGCAAUCUCUGUUUCCGUCGUCAGAGAAGGAUUGCAACACAGAUGUCAACUCGAUGAUCGGUGCAAAAUACCAGUUUGAGACAGUUUCAAGCUGCCAAUACAACAUCCGCAGCACAAUGCCAGAUGUCCCCGACGCCAUCCUAAAGAUUCUUCGGUCCGGCGGUCCUGUACCAGGAUCUGGAGGCAACGAAAGAAACUCAUGUUCCCCACCAAAAGGACUGAAUGUUACUCCUACCACAGUCUGCUCGUCGACUAUCAGCGAAGAUGCCAACGCGUUUCCCACGGUCUCGACCAAAGCAACAACACCCCCGGAUCAGGAUGCAAGCAGCGUUUCCCGCACGUACGUUUUGGAACCAGAGGACACUUCAAGAUCCGGCUGCUUCCGUGAUUCAUGUGAAAGGUCGGAGGAUUCUUACUGCAGGAUUGGGCUCCUCGACGACUCGUUCAAAACGAACGCCAAGAAACAGUUUGCGGCCUCGUUAAGGGCCGAUGCAGAUCCAAAGAAUAUCCCAGGUGACUUGCUGAAGCCGCCCAAGUGUGAAUCGCGCUGUUCUACAGUGUCAUUUGUUACCCUCAGGUCGAGCAACUCGACGGGAUCAGCUGCAAACGAAGGGUUGGGAUCACCUGGCAAGUCAACCAAAUCACCGAGCAAACGAGGCAUGUGUGUAUCGUUCCAUCUGCAGGAUGGUCAAGAUGAGUCAGCGAUUAACGAUUCGUUGAUGUCAAACGAUGGUUCGUUUUGUGAAACUCCGGUGCUGGACAGAACUUGGCUGGACCGCUUUGGCAACAACAUUAGUGCUAUCGAGGAUAGAUCUGCUGAUCAACAUUCCCUGCAUGUGGCGGAAGUGGAUGAUUCUGGUUCGUUUCUCGUUGGACUCUUAGCUGGAGACUCUGGAGACGAAGCAGACAUUGUUACGGGUCGUCUUCCUGCCAACGAAAAUGGAGAGCAGCAAUCCGAUGAAGUGUCUCGAAUCCGCCAAGCUUCACAAUUUUGGGGAAGCCCAAACCAGAACACCGACAGCAGCGGAUCCAACAGAAAGGCGUCUCGGGGUUCUGCUCGUAGCAGCAAUGUUAAAUUUUCAAACGGCCAAGCUGUUGACCCUCCUGCUGGUUUGCCGGCGCUGAUGGAUAGGGUGGACUCCGUGCUGGACACAACGGAAGAGCCAGAAGAAGUGGACAACACUAUGGAUGACUUUCCCAGCCGGAGCAAGCUCCAGCCAAAGAAAAUCCCCCUUCUUGAUUCAAGAUUGCGCCAAGAUUCUCCAAAGAAAAGUGAACAAAAGGCUCGAAGGCAGCAGGUAAUUGUUGAAACGGUAGAUUCUGAUUCGGAUGAUGAAUCCUUGGUAACGUGUGAGGAGCCGGUGGCCCGGCCGAGUUCGUCCACUUACACCGAACAGAGUACAGUUGCGGUUGCCCAGGAAGAAGCACGCGCACGUGGUGUUGCUUUCGGCGCCUCAGCCAGAACUCAUGUUACGCCUGAUGCUCUUCUUUUCAAAGCAGCUAAAGAACUCAGAGAUGAAAAACUCUCACAGCUUUUUGGAAUCGUCAGCGAUACAAUGUCCACGAUGCCCAACUUUUUUGGAUCCAGCGAGAACAGUUUUUGGCCGUUGUCGCAAACAAAGCCGAGAAACAGUCCAGGCGAAGCGAUUGAAUGUACCUUGGUGGAGCAACCGGCAGCCAACCCCAGUCGCCCUCGCCUCCGUAGCCAUCCAUGGGAUGACACGUUUCGAAGGUGGACCUGA